AUUGUGAUGUUUAGAUGCUUUUUGUUCUUCUGUGAAUAGUAUAAAAACCAGCAAUUUUACUAUAAAUAGUCUUUUUUGUUUUGGAUCGCAAUAAUCAAUUACCUUUUGGACUCAAUUAAACAAAUUUAUUUGAAAUCUCAUUUUAUUAUUAUUUGAAUACAUGAAAUUGAUUCUAGAAAUUGAUUAGUUCUUUUAAUUGACAAGACUGCACAAGUUAUUUAUCUGUACUAUUAUUAAUUUGAUUAACGCGCGUAAUUUCUACGAAACAGUGAAAAAAAAAUGAAAUUCAUCAGUUCAAUGCAUAAAAAUCUAAUUUUAUUAUUUUCAAUUCUUAUACAUUUUCUAUUGAUUCACUGUAGUCAUGGUUUAAGGAGUCAUAUAUGUAACCAUUAUAAAGGACAACCGGUAUGUUGUCCAGGUUGGCGAAACGGCAUCGGUGCACCAUGUAUAAUACCUGUUUGUGCUGGUAAUUGUGGUGAACGUGGUGAAUGCAUUAAACCGAACACAUGUAUUUGUUCAGAUCGACGUCUACGUUUCAGUUGUAAAGAAGAAGAAGAUCUUGAUGGUGAGGAAUCGGAUACAAUGCAACUUGAUCAAGCUGAAAGUCAAUGUCCAGAUAAUUGUAAUGAGCAUGGAAAGUGUGAAAAUGGUGUGUGUAUUUGUCAAACAGGAUAUAGCGGUUUAAAAUGUGAAGUUCAAUUAAAAGGUGCUUGUUAUACCGGUUUAAAACGUGGCCUAUGUGUUAAUCCAUUGCAAUAUAGAAUAUCUCAAUAUGGCUAUGAAGCUAUACCAUUAAGUCAUGAAUUAUGUUGUAAUGCGUUGGGGAUUGCAUGGGGUGAACCAUGUCAAAUAUGUCAUACAACACAUUGUGGCAGAGGUUAUGAACAAAUUGAUGGUAUAUGUAAAGAUAUCAAUGAAUGUGAAGUGGAUGGGGUUUGUCAACGGGGUCAAUGUAUCAAUGAAGAAGGAUCAUAUAAAUGUCAUUGUCCAGAAAAUACACAUUUUGACGAAUCAACAUUAGACUGUGUUUAUACGCUAAAAAUGCCAUGUGAGGAAGAUCCUCAGCGAUGUCAUAAUGGUGGGAAGUGUCUAGAUCUACCAAACGGUGAUUACAGGUGUAUUUGUCCAUGGGGAACUCGAACUUCACAAGACAGAAAAUCAUGCAUUGAGAACAAAGAAUUACAUUUUGAUUUAUGUCAAUUGUAUAAAUCAUCUGUCUGUAAAAAUGGUCAAUGUAUACCACGUGGUAAUACAUAUGAAUGUUUAUGUAAUGAAGGUUUUGAACCGUCAGAAGAUCGUAAAACAUGUCAAUAUAAAAUUGAUAUUUGUUCAAUACAUCGUGGUUAUUUAUGUACAAAUGGACAAUGUAUACCAGCUGGACGUGAUUUCUUCUGUGAAUGUAAUCAUGGUUUCACUUUAUCAUAUGAUCGUAGAAGAUGUAUAAGUAAAUGUGAAGAAUUAGGACCAAAUAUUUGCCCGAAUGGUUAUUGUAUUGCCUUAUUAAAUGGUGAUUAUGAAUGUCAAUGUGAAAUCGGUUAUCAAAGUACACCGGAUCAUAAAAAGUGUAUCAUACAAAUGGAAGAAUCUUAUUCAAAUAUGCAUUACGCUAAACCUGUUCAAUAUUACAAGAACAAAUAUUAUAAAAAUAAUAAUAACCAAGAAAAUGAAUUUUAUGACGAUUCAAUUCAAUCCAAAUCACAAAUUGAUCAUUCCAACUAUGAUGAUGAAAAAUCUGAUCAUUGGUGGCAAAAUGACAAUGACGUAAGAAAAUUAUCGGAUAAACAGCAUAAAUCUUAUUCACAGUAUAACCAACAAGACUCAUCACAAAUAACUUAUGAAAAGCCUACAUCAUUACAUUUACGUGGUACCAGUCUACGAUCAACACCAUGUGGUCAAGAUGAUAUUGUGAAGAAAUGUAAUGGGGGGAUUUGUUUAAAUCUUGGUGGUGAUGGAUAUUUAUGUGAAUGUCUACCUGGCUAUCUAGCUAUCAAUGGAGGACGUUCUUGUGUAAAACAUAAAGAAAGAGAAGAUAACGUAUUGCAAAAUGAUGAAGGUGUUGACGAUUUGAGAAAAUCUUUUCAUCCAAUAAACAAUAGAAAGAAUAAAUAUAUAUAUAAUUUUAAGAAAAACUCUAAUUCAAAAUUAUCACAAUAUCAGUCAGCUUGUAGUCAAAAUGAUGUGUUGAACAAAUGUGUUUGGGGUACAUGUUUGAAUCUUGGUGGAAAUUUAUAUAAAUGUGAUUGUUUACAAGAAUAUCAAUAUACACCAAUGGAAGGUUGUAUUCGUCGAAUCGAUCAAGAUUUAUCUCAGUUACAAAACAAAUCAACACAAGGCUAUAAUGUAACAGUUUUCUAAAUACCAGUAUGAAAUCUUACAAAUAAUCUAGUAUACUUUUCAACUGCAAACACAUCAAAGUAAUAGACAUGAUAACUAAAGUUGCAAUAUAUACUACUCACAAACAAACAAUACAUCCAUGUCUCUCACCAAUUAUUCAACAACAAUAAUAAUCACUAUUUUAAUGGACAAUGUAAAGUUUUCCUGAACAAAUUUUUUUUUUUACAAUAGAAAAUAAAAAUAAAAGCAUUACUCUGAAAUUUAGCUAUUCAACAAAAAAUUUAUAGAAAUAUUGACAAUAACUCUAAAAGAGAAAGACAGACAUUGACUAAUCAAUUAUUAGUCAAGCACACAUAUCUAUCUAUUAUUCACUGCAUGCAAGUAUAUAUGUUUGCAUGAAGUAUACUGAAUAGAAUAUAAUUAUUUAUUAUUGUUAUUAUUAUUAUUAUUAAAAUAUUAUCAUUCGUCUUAUUACAUAAUUUUUCAAUUCUUGCCAUUUGUAAAGCUUUCUCAUUUAUCAAAAGAAAACGUAUUAUAAAGUGAAUUGAAUACGUUUGUUUACUUCAUUCUAUCACUGUGUGUGUGUGAGUGUGUUUGCGUUUGUGUAUUUUACCAAUACAGGGGAAAUAAAAUACUUAUUUAAACAAGGCAAUUUAUGAAUUGGUCAUCAAUGAAUCAUGUUAAAAAC